AUGAGAAGUCAAGCCUGUGAACCAUGUGCAAAGCGCAAAGUCAAAUGCGACAGGGCAGAACCGCCGUGUUCUAAUUGCAAGCGUCGCAAGGGUGAUGUUUGCACUUACCCUGAAGUCUCACCUUUUGAGAGGAUAAGAAAAUUGGAGGAAGCGGUGAGAGCGCUGGGUGGUGAUCCGUUAUCUGAUGCGCCUGGGAAGUUUAGGGGACAAAGUGUGAAGAAUAGUCCGAGGGAGGGAAGUAAUGCUGAGACACCGAUUAUUGUGCAGGAGGAGGGGAAAUCUGUAUAUCAUGAGUCAGAGGGAUGGCAUACCUGGAUCGAUGUUUCGCGUCUCUACAAAGGCUCCAAGCCAAAGUUCAACGCCUCUGACCCUCGAGGUUCAGCCUUAUCACCCGGCAAACAUCUCCCCCACGCGUUCCACGGCUCGCCAUGGCGAGACAACACUAUCCUGUCAGAAAAACUCGACUUUUGUCCGAUAGCCCAAGAAGAAGCUCUCAAGCUCUGGGACUUCUUCAUGGAGCGAGUCGAACCUAUUGUCAAGAUCAGUUUCAGCUGGACGCUUGCCCAUCUCAGAGCCGCUCUAUCGGAUGCCGAGAAGUGGAGGAGGCUUGAUAAUGGUGACCAUGUGCUGAUAUUGUCAACUUGUUUGUUCGGCGCUACGAGUUUGACAAACCAAGAGUGUUUAGAUCUGUUCGGUCGCACAAAAGCGUCUUUGACGAAUGAAUGUCGCGUUCAAUGUGACAUGGCGUUCUCAAGGAUAAGUCUGCUUGCUAUUGAUAGCAUCUCAACCUUGAAAGCCAUGUGCCUGUAUAUCAAAGCGAACGUGGACGCUUUGACAUCGCGCAGCAUGUGGACUUUAAUGGGUCUCAUCUCCCGAAGCGCAGAGCAACUCGGCAUGCACCGCGACGGCACAGUACUAGGCCUCUCGCCCAUCGAAACAGAAGAGCGCCGUCGACUCUGGUGGCAGCUGCAACACCUCGAUCUCAUUCUGUCGCUAAAAAAUAACGUUACUCCCUUGUCUUUUGGAGCAGGCUGGGAUGUAAGUCUUCCUCUCAAUAUUGAAGACGACGAUCUCAACCCAAAUUCCACAACACCACCAAAAGACCGUAUUGGUCUGACGAGUUUCUCGUAUACACUCUUUACAUAUUGGAUCCUAGAGAGACAACGCGGCUUCCGAUUGAAACAAGCGAGCCAGGCAACGGCGGGUGAUAAAUCGCUUCUUGGCUGUUUAGCAGAUUCUAUGAUUGAUGACCUCGAGGCGGGGCUCAACGAAAACUUUCUGCAGUACUGUGAUCCUAUCAACCCGUUGCAUACUAUCUUGCAGAUCACCGCGCGUGCUGUUGUCAACGUCUUACGGUUGAGAAAGCUUCAUGAAGCUCGUAUGCGAUCGCAGAACAGUGAUGAUCGAUGCCAUAUGGAGCACUUCAAUGCUUGUAUGCAAGGGAUGCGGUAUAUCGUCGUGUCUCACUCGAACAUUCAGUUGAAGGCGUUUAUCUGGCUUGUGGAGAGUUCAUUUCUCUGGUACGCGUUCGUUGGAAUAUUGGUCGACAUGUCAAACUUGAAAGACGUCACCCUUAUAAAAUCAGCCUGGACGCUACUCUCUCAGCUCUACGCUGUGGCAGACCAUAUAUCUGACCUUGAAGACGACAGGAGAAAGUCUCAUGCUGCAAGAUCAGUAGUUGCAACGUGGUACGAGUGCAGCCAGAAACCAGGUCUGGCUGGUAUGCAGAAGCCAGGGUUUGUAUCGAAGCUUGAGAAGGACUUGGCAGACUUGGAAAGCAAGAUAAAUGAAGACAAUGGAGGCCAAGUCAGUGUCGUACAGGAGGUCCGGCAAACCCAACCGGUAGAGACCGAACUACAGCCGUUUGGGUUCGAGUUUGCGGAUAUUGACUGGGCGUUUUGGGAUAGUAUUAACUGA